UGGCGGCGGCGGAAAGAGGGGGAUAUACGGCGACGAUGUUCUUGAUAGACAUCUCACCUUCCAUGGGCAACACGAGAGAAGUUGUGCUUCCAGCGAUGAAAACUGGAGAAUCCGAAGUGAUAGAGAUGACAAACCUGGAGUAUUCGCUACAGUUCGUGAAAUACAAGAUACAGGAGAUGAUAUACAACGGAAGGAAGACCGAACAAUGCGGCGUCAUCUUGUUUGGUACAGAGGGCACGCAUAAUGUAAUAAAUGAGAAGAAUAGCGGCUAUGAUCACGUCAUGGAAUACAUUCCAAUAGCACAACCAAACGCCGGGACACUUGCGAGGCUAGAUGCCUUGCGAGCAUCAACUGUGUCAGGAGAUCCUGUCGAUGCUCUGAUCGUCGGUAUCGAGACACAACAUCAAUAUCUUGUGACAAGAAAGACUUGGACGCGUAAAAUUGUUCUGAUAACGGAUGGCGAAAACCCAAUAGAGAUUGAAGACUGGGAAGCGACUGUGAAGAAGAUGAACGAUCUCGAAGUUAGCUUGACAAUAGUAGGUGUUGACUUUGACGAUGAUGAGAUGCCGUUCCAUGAGGAGGGUAAGAGCGAGAUCAAGCUUGCAAACGAAGAGUUUUAUCACAAAAUGAUCGAGGAACUUCACAAUGGUGUGCUCGGCAACUGUGAAUACGCCCUACGUGAGGUAGCCCGCCCCGACGUCAAGCAGACCAAGUCGGCUCUGAUGGGUACGGUGUUGCGCAUUGGUGAUUGCGACACUCGCUCGGAUGAAGCGAUAGAGGUCCUUGUAAAAACAAGCAAAUGCACCGCAAUCGCCCGUCCAAAGGCCUGGAAGAAGUUCGCCCGCCGUGAGAGAACUGCAGGCGAUGAAGGACAGUCGACAGAGCUCGAAGGGAAAACGACCUUCGCGCAGCUACGCAUGCGAACUGAGUACUUUAUUGACCGCGGCGAAAUGGGGACCGAGGAUGGUAGUGUGGACGGCGAUAAAGCAGACGAGGACAUGGACAAGAAAGAAAACCUCGAAAAGGUGGAGAAGGAGCAGCUGGUUCGCGGUUUCAAAUACGGUGCAACGUAUGCGCCAUGUCCCGAUGGCCAAUUUCCUCGACUGCAGACAAGGAAGGGCAUAGAGAUAUGCGGGUUCUUCAAAGAGGAGAACUUCCGGCGGGAACUUCCUAUGUCCGAAGUAUCCUACAUCUGGGCUGACCAGAAGCAGCCGAAGCAACAGGUGGCGUUGAGUGCAAUUGUGCAAGCUAUGUACGAAAAGGAGUGCAUGGCGAUUGCUCGGAUGGUGAGGAGCGACGGAACGGAUCCGAAGAUGGGUGUACUGUCUCCAGUUAUGUUCGAGAACGUCGACUGUCUCUUGUGGGUCCAGAUGCCUUUCGCGGAUGACGUCCGAGAUUAUCCAUUUCCGUCCCUAGACACGCUCAUUUCUAAGAAAGGCGAAGUGGUCACCAAGCAUCCGUACCUACCAACCGACAAGCAGCUAGAAGCCAUGGAACGAUUUGUAGACGCCAUGGACUUGAUGGAUGCAGGAGAGAAGGACGAGAAUGGGAAACGUCAAUCGUGGUUUGAUACCACGCUCUCAUACAAUCCAGCCAUUCAUCGUACUAAGCAGGCUCAAUUCCAUGCUGCGAUUGUAUCAGACCUCAGUACUCAUCCUCUUCCACCGCCCCAUCCGGAGCUUACUAAAUAUUUCGAGCCGCCAAAGCGGGUCCUGAAACGGGCCCGGGAUGCCAUCGAGGAAUGUAAGGAUAUCUUUCAGGUUAACGAAGUGCCUAGGAAGAUCACGAGAACCAGGAAGGAUGGGCAUGUUCGCGCAAAAGAAGAAGACGAGGACAUGCUUCUGCUGGACAAGAUGGCAGCUCGUCGAUCACAAUCUCAGGCUGCAUCACAAGUGGCAUCCCUCAGUCAGCGGAAUUCUCAAUCUCAGCAUCUGGCACAAACGCCCAAGAAACAAGCAUUAAGUGACAGUGAGACCGAAAGCGAGUCAGAAGAAGAGGCGGAAGACCUCCUGCUUGAGAAGAAGCGGCAUGAAACACUGCCCACUCCCUCACCUGAGUCUGACUUUGAGCCUGACUCGGGCAUGGCCCCCAACAGAAUUAUAGGAACAACGCAUCCAUUGCAGGACUUCAAGAAGAACAUUGCAAGAGGCGACGUCGUCACGAAGGCCGUGGAGGACCUCGGGGCCGUUAUCAAAGAGAUUGUGCUGAAACCCUUUGCCUCAAGGAGAACGGGCGAACUCCUCAGCUGCAUGCGAGAGCUGAGGCGAGUAGCACUUGAGGAGGACGAGAUUGAUGCAUGGAAUGCCUUUCUGAAGGACUUGCAGCAAUCAUGUCGGGAUGAUAAGCCGGGUAAUGAAGAGUUUUGGACCAGCGUGCAAGGACUGGGUAGAGACAUCAGCCUGAUUAGCAACACCGAAGCAGGCAAACUGGGCGGCAAGUCGGAUAUUUCUGAAUCUGAGGCUGCUGAGUUCAUACAGCAAUAGGGGGUUCCAGUUCUGUUUUGUUUUACUUCACACAUUAUGUCUCAUCUUCUGUCCUUUGUACAUUGACGGAUGCUUUUUGGACUUGCUUGCUGUAGUUGGCUCCAGGGCAUGGUUAUUCCAUGACGGGGGCCGCUCUAAACUUUCUAACACCAUGAUGUCAAGAUGCGGGCACAUUAUCAAUAAGAACCCAACCACCUUAGAUGUCAAUGGCGCAUGCAUGUAUUGGCCUGUUUGGUGAUAAAUUUGUCCAACUGCUGCUGUC